AUGGACGUCCUGAAUGAAGAGCUACGUACAUAUUGCAGAGCACUGCCUAAAGUGGAGCUGCAUGCGCAUAUCCACGGAUCUAUUCGGCCGUCGACGCUGGAAGAACUUUUACAUGAUGAAGCAACAUUGAACGGUUCAGAGCCACGACGGCUCCCAAAAAAGCGAAGUUUAGACGAGUGUUUUACGAUGUUCGGGCUGAUCCACCAAGUUGUCGUCAGUCGCCGCGUACUCCGUCGAAUUGUCGUUGAAGCGGUGGAAGAUUUUGCUGCAGAAAACGUAAAGUAUUUAGAGUUGCGAUCUACACCGCGAGAUCUGCCGAGAGAUGGUGCCAGUCGUGCAGAUUACGUGGAUGAAGUGGUGUCAGCACUUGAGAAAUGCAAUGCGCGACGAGAUUUAAACAUUGAGGUGCGUCUGUUGCUAAGUAUCAACCGGAAUCAGUCUUUGCGUCUGGCAGAAGACACUGUUAACAUGGCUCUUGAGCGCAAGCACAAGCAGAACUGUCGGCUCAUUGUAGGCAUCGACCUCAGCGGCAACUCGGAGCGCCCGAAUUCCGAGUUCAAGCGCUUCGAAAACGUACUAGAGCGCGCACGAGCGGGCGGCCUUAAACUCACCGUGCACUUCGCUGAGCACUUUGACGACGAUGAAACUAAUCGGAUUCUGGACUUCCAACCGGACCGGCUGGGCCACGCCUGUUGUGUACCGGAGCCGCUCUAUGCCAAGAUGUUGUUGCUGCAAAUUCCCGUGGAAAUUUGCCUGACCUCCAAUGUGCACACGCUGGCAAAAAAAUAUUGCAGCGACGUCGAUUGCAAGUGUGCACCCGAUGCGAAGCACAAAGCAUCGGGGCUAUGCGUGUGUGGCUUCACUUCGCACCCGCACGGCAAAUUGCUCACCGGCGAACGAGGUCAAGAGCAGCAGCAUGGUGUCUACCCCAUGUGUCUAUGUACGGAUGAUUACGGCGUGUUUGACACGACACUGUCGCUCGAGUAUAUGCGUGCAGCACAGGCAUUCGGUCUGAGCGACGAGCGCCUUUUACAUAUUGCGCAAGCGCCUAUUGAGGCCAUCUUUGAUCAGAGCCAAGUGCCGAGGUUGAAGAAGAUGUUCCAUGAGUGA